AUGAAGUGUGUUCCGGUGCUAAGAGUGGUGCUACUGUACGGGUUCAGCCUGAACCUGAUGCUGCUACGAUCGGUCGAGUCGUGGGACCUUCGAUCGAUCGGCAUCGAUCAGUUCCAGGUGCGCCACGUAUCGCUCUACCGUAAUCGUGCCUUUCUGGCCAUUGAGUCCGCCACCACGAAUGUGACACUAGUGGAAGCUUCUUGGCCGGAGAAUCUGCCCGGCUAUAACCACCGACCACGGGUACUGUCGGAAGAUGCCGAUGCGGACACUUGCUGGAGCCUCCAGAGCGUCCUGUGCACCGAUGUCGAUCGACUGGCACGACUCUGGGUGUUGAGUGGCCCGGGCCGUGAUGCACGCCGCUGCCCGCCGAAACUCCUCAUCCGCAGUUUACUCUCACCACAAACGACGGCCGAGAUCCAGCAUCAGUUUCGGCGCGAUCUGCCACCAUUUCAAACGCUCGUCGUCGAUCCAGUGCCGGCCGAGGAUGGUGAUACGCGAGCCUUCAUCACGCUGCACGAUCAGGACUAUCUGUUGCUCUACUCUCUCUACAAACAAUCGGCAGGGAUGCUUCGCUUCGAAAAGAACGAUCUUACGUCACUGCAUCCAAUCUCACUGUCCGAGCUAACGCUCAACCACAACCAGCUGUACGUGGCGGACACGGUGAACGAUCGAUUGUUUUCACUGCCGAUACGGAACCUGCGCCAGCUCGCUUUCCCCGAGGAGGACGGUAUCGAGCGGAUCAUUCUGAAGACGACGAUCAAGUACAUGGGGCAGCUGUUGGGCCAUCCACGCGCACUGCGGUUAGACUGUCGGGACAAUCUGCUGUACAUAUUGCCGCGCGAUGGUGCGAUCGUCGUGUGGAGCGCCCACCGAUCGCUGAAGGCCGAAAACCAUCGUGUCGUCUUUCAGCAGAGCGAUCCGAUCGCCCAGAUCAUACGCGGUGUAGGGGGUAAGGCUUGGGCCGUCUCGGCAGACUACGUGUCGCCAGCGACGCGCCGCCAUUGCGUCAAGUUGAUCGUGUAGCGAUGGUGAUCGAAGGUAGGCGUCCGGCAUUGUUGAACUG